CCGGAAAUCCUGUGAGUAUGCGAGAAAUUGAGAGGAUCGCGCGGAAAUAUGGGGGCUCUGCGUGUGUCUCCUUUGGAUUUUGGGUCCUAACAAUAAUCCAGCUCGUCUUGGCAGUUUCGUCCAGCCGUGAACAAUGCGGCUCCUCCUUAUGGUUGCACGCGUUCACGAACACGAUUAGCUUUGAUUCAUGGGCUCAUAUCGUACGCGACUUGUUAAGGUUAGUCGAUCAUUAUCACGUGUGUCCGAUCCUGGCUGAGAUCUCCCUUGGUCCCAAGAAGAGGGAACCAGGGAAGAGACAGCACCUUACGCGAUCAUGGAUAACGAUCGCCUACCUUCAAUCCUGUCUGCAA